CUUAUUUCUGCUCAUUACGAACGUUUUAACUUGAUAAAAAUUUACUUCUAAAAUGGCCAAGGGUAGACCUAAAAACAGGAACGCACCUUCUAGAGCCACUGAGGAGGAUGUGGUCGAUGAUCCUUCAUCUGAGGGAGAGAGUGAUUUGGAAAACGGAGAUGUCGACGACACAAGAACUGAUCCCAUCCAUGGAACUGGGAAGACUAAGGUUGGGAAAAAUGAGAGGAAGGCCAGAAAAGCUAUGAGUAAACUCGGCUUAAAGCAGUAUGAAGGCGUAUCCAAGAUUUACAUAAGGAAAUCCAAACAGAUCUUUUUCGUGAUUAACAAGCCUGAUGUAUUCAAGUUACCAAACUCCGACAUAUACGUUAUUUUUGGUGAGGCUAAGCUCGAGGAUGUUGGAGCCAAUUCUCAGUCUGAAGCUGCCCAACGUUUGAGCCAAUUAUCCCUUUCAUCCCUCAAUAAGGACGAGUCUGGACUAACUCUUCCUUCAACUUUUGAAACUGAGGAGGUUCAGGAGUCAGACUUUGUCCCUCCAUCUUCAGAUGUUGAACUGGUUGUUCAGCAGGCCGGGUGUAGCAGGGAGAAGGCUGUUCAAUCCCUAGUUAAGCACAGAGGUAACAUUGUGGAAAGCAUAAUGGAACUCACAACCAUGUAGUAAAAAAUAAUUUAUUAAAAUAUUUA